AUGGGCAAAGAUAAGAAGAAAAAUGGCAAAAAGGGAGAGAAAGGAGCCCUGGCUGUCGUCCAUGAACCUGUUCGGGAGUCUGCUGUUUCUCUGCACUCCAUGGCAGUGCCUGGCGGUCAGGCUGAGGAUCAGCAGGCCAGCUCAGGACCCCAGGAAGAGCCCAAACCCUUUGAAGAGCCCCCACCCGUUGAACCGGUGGAAUACGAAGAGCCCGUUCUCACCCGACUCAUUGUAGAAUGCUAUGAAGGAGAAAAAGUCCAUGGAUUGUAUGAGGGAGAAGGACUAGCGAAAUUCCAAGGAGGAAAUCUAUACCAAGGCAUGUUUUCAGAAGGCCUCAUGCAUGGACGAGGAACUUAUACGUGGGCUGAUGGUGUGAAGUACGAGGGAAACUUUGUGAAGAACGUGCAGAUGCAUCAUGGCAGUUACACUUGGCCCGACGGCAGUGUCUACGAAGGCGAGGUGAAGAACGGCAUCAGGCAUGGCUUUGGCAUGUUUAGGUCGGGCGUCUGCCCCGUUUCGUAUGUCGGCCACUGGUUUGAAGGCAAAAGACAUGGCAAGGGCACCAUUUAUUACAACCGGGAGGGCUCUUCCUGGUAUGAAGGUGACUUUGUAAACAAUAUCAAAAGUGGAUGGGGGAUUAGAUGCUAUAAGUCUAGCAAUAUCUACGAAGGCCAGUGGGAGAGAGACGUGCGCCACGGCGAAGGUCGGAUGCGGUGGUUGACAACAAACCAGGAAUAUACAGGACAGUGGGUGAACGGAAUACAGCAUGGGUACGGCACUCACACUUGGUAUCUGAAGAGAAUACCUGGUUCACAGUAUCCCUUGAGGAAUGAAUAUGUCGGGAACUUUGUCAACGGGGAUCGCCACGGCCGUGGGAAGUUCUUCUUUGCCAGCGGAGCCAUGUACGACGGAGAGUGGGUUUUCAAUAAAAAGCACAGCAUGGGCAAGCUUGUGUUCAAGAAUGGCCGUGUGUAUGAAGGUGAAUUUAUAGACGAUCAUAUAGCGGAGUACCCAGCUUUUCAGCUGGAUGACAUGGACAUGCAGAACCUGAGUGGCAUCUGCACUCCAAGUCCCUUUGGCACCGAAAGUAUCAAAGUGGUCAACGGCCCAGGAAGUUUGCCUGUGUUGGGCUCAACCAUUGAAAUAGACAUAUCGACCUUGUUGGCUAUAUUUCCCGAAAAAGACAGGGAGGAGGAAAUCAAACAGACGGAGUUUGCCGUGCUGAGGUAUAUCUCGGAACUGAGGAAAAUCUACACCUUUUACAGCAGCUUAGGGCAUGACCGCUCUCUUGACAACACCUUCCUGAUGACCAAGCUUCAGUUCUGGCGGUUCUUAAAGGACUGCCGCUUCCAUCACUGCAACGUGACCCUUGCUGACAUGGAUCGGAUCCUGAACGAUAAAAUGUCUCUUGAAGAGAUUCACUCCCCUUAUGAGACGCUGCUGCUUCGAAUGUUUCUGACCUACCUGAUCUAUUUGUCGUUCCACAUCUAUUACAGAGAGUUUGGUGACACAAGCCCCCGUCUAUUCAAGUGCUUCUCCAAAAUGAUGACGAAGAACAUCCUUCCCAAUGCUUGUCAGAUCAAAGGCGUUUUGUUCAGCAACCGGCAAGAAACGGUCUGUGCUGUCAAUUACAUCGACAAGUGCUGGGUGAUUUACAAAGCUUUCUGCAGACCAAGGCCCUUAGGCCCUUACGAGCCUACUAUGAAAAUGAGGCAUUUCGUCUGGAUGCUGAAAGAUUUAAGACUCGUAAGCAAGCAAUUAAACGCCACCAAAAUUGUGGAUAUCCUGGCAAAAGACAGUCCCUGUGUUCGGGAUGGCGAGGACACUAAUUUAGAGAAAGAGCUUGUUUUCCUGGAGUUUUUUGAAGCCCUCCUCGACUGCGCCUCGCUGUAUGUCACUGACGAGAUGUUGAAGCAGCAAGCAGAAUGGGUCAGCCAGGUGGGAAGCAGCGGCCGACCGACCGACUACUCCAUAGGACUCAAGAUUUCCCCGACGACUCUGGAGUUGUCUUCUCAUCAGUCGUUUCAGAGCAGCAGUACGAGUAGCUCCAAAGCAAGCAGCGAAACUAGAGACACGGCCACUUGCUAUGUUAGCGCCAAGUCUUCUGCGAGCAAGAUUGUGCACUUUGUUGACGCUUCGAAAGCGAAGAUGAAGGGAAAAGCCAAGGAUGGUGAAAAAGAGGAGAGACCGUCUCGGCGUGGUUCAAAAUCCUCCCAGAAAGAGAGAUCAGGCUCCCUACAAGGAAGUCAUACCGGUGCAACUCUGAACGUCACCUUCACCUCCGACGUGGUGCCUGCAGAUGACAAAGAGGAAAGGGGAGCUCAGCCUCUGCUGGGCUUGGAAGAGGAGCAUGGCCCCCUCCUCAGUACGCCCCUGAAAGAACUGGCCGAAAAGCUGGAAAAAGCCAAAGAAGACCUGAAGAUCCGACUCAGUUUGUGGAUGAGUCGCAUGUACAUCUUCUUUGUGAGGAAUUUUUUUGCUAGCUACAAGCACUUGCAACGUGUGAAGGAGACCGUGUUGGACAACCGGGUGCGGGACGCGGAGCUGGCCGUGCAGAGGAGGAUCAAGGAGGAGGAGGAGGAAGCCCGGCUUCAUGCUCUAUGGGAAGCAGAAGAGGCCAGAAAGCUGGAAGAAGCUGCAGCAGAAAAAGCCGCCUCGGAACUUGAGGAAAGUGCGAGCAGAGAAGCGGAGGAGGGCUCCGUCCAGCUACAGUCUCCGCCAAAGGAAGAAUCUCCCAUUUUGCCUCCGAUCCCGCCAAGCGCCAAAGCCGCCGCUGCAUGGAAGAAAAAGAAAAAGUAGCGGAGUGGCACGCCUGUUGGAAGUCCUCUUUGAGGGAUCUCAGUGGUGCAGUUUGGGGGGGUAAUGUCAUACUGUGCAUCGGCAGCAAAAUAUUUUUAUGAACCUGUGAGCACAGAAGCCGCUUCAGGAGCACGAACAUCCCUGCUCACUU